GUUGAGGUUAGAAAUUGUAUUAAAGUGGUUAGAAGAAAUAGAUUUAACGAGUCUACGGACAUUUCAAAGUCUUUCUGAACGACAAAUUAUCAAUGGAUAAUGAAAACAAUACUAAUCCAGCUGCCUGCAGUACGGAAAAUCCUGAGCCGAAAAUGGAAACGGCUCUGAAGACGGCAGAUCAGACGGAGGAAAAUAAUGCAGCUCCAAAAACAGAAACCGCUUCGGAAGUUGGUGGUGGUGGGACAUCCAGCGAAGUUAAGCCUAAACCGCCACCCCAAAAGAGUGCGCCGAUGAAACGAAAGCGCAAGAAACCACCAAAGGAUGCUAACGCACCGAAACAUCCAUUAACUGGGUAUGUGCGUUACAUGAACGAUCAUCGAGACGCGGUCCGGCAGAAACAUCCAAACCUAUCUCAUAUGGACGUGACGAAACUCAUGGCUGAAGAUUGGUCCAAGCUACCAGAGGAUAAAAAGAAACCAUACCUAGAGGCGGCAGAAGCAGAUAAAGAACGUUACAAUAAGGAAAUUCAAGAGUACAAACUGACAAAACCGCAAAACGCACAACCAAAACCGGAUGAUGCGACGACAGCAACUGGUUCCAAAGAAAAUCCUGUACUACAGCCCCCUCCACCGGUGGUAGCGCCGUACGUGAAUGGGCGACCGGAGCAGAAAGUGAUUCGUCGGGGUGAUUACGAUAUACCUAUUUUCACGGAAGACUUCCUCGACCAUAACAAAGUCAUCGAGUCCGAGCUGCGUACAUUACGCAAAUCGAACAUUGACUACGAGCAACAAAACUCGGUGCUUGAGAAACAUGUGGAAAACAUGGAGAAUGGCAUACAGAAGCUAGACAGUGAAUCGUGCGCUUUAGAUGCACGAAAUGCGGUUUUGGAGAGUUAUUUGGAAAAACUGAAAACCUCCCUUGCCACCGCAUUUCAGGGUUUCCCACUCGGAGGCGAAUGUCGCGGGGCGUCGCUUGAAAACAUCGAUCAGUAUUUAGCAGAUUUGCAUCAGAUGGCUGACUCUAGCACGCAGGGCCAUACGUUGAACAAAGCGAAAGACAUUAUCCGUAAGCUGGAUUUACAAAAACUCGAACUGUAAAAUCACUAACAGGAUGCAGCA